AUGCAUGAUUCGGUGCAUGAUCUAGCUAUGUACGUUGCAAGUGUGGACUUUAGGGGAACUUCUUAUGUUCACCAUUUGUCUUUGACUGAAAACACAGGGCUUGAUGAAAUUCCAUUUUCACAAUUAGUCUUUACGAAGAGCAUAUUAUUUCCUAUUGUUGGAGUUGGAUCAAACAGUACAGCUUUCUUGAAUAGAUGCAUGUCAAACUUGAGACACUUCCUAAAGGCUAAAAAAAACUUGAUCAGUCUCCAACAUUUGGAAACAACAACAAAGCAGCGCGUUUUGCCAGAGGAUAAGAUUGCAAACUUGAGUUCUCUUCAGACUCUCAGAAUCUAG